UUUUUUUUUUUGGCAGUUUACUGCCUUUUAAACUUUAGCCGUGUAAGGGAUUUUCAUUGCCACUUGUAACGAUAGGGUUUCGCCACGUUUUUUUUUUAAAAAAAAAAAAUUAAUUAUUUUGAUUUGACGGUUAUGUGUUCUGAUCAAAAAGUAUUGUAUUUAUGUAUUUUUCUUUUAUUUUUUUUUUAUUAUUUUCGAAUCUAAAUUUUGUAAUUGGUAAUCUCUCUCAUCUCAACUGUUCAUCUUCUUCCCCAUUUUCAGUUUUGUUAUACGGUUGUAGUAGUGGGUGGUUUUUUCAUUUUAAAAAAUUUCAAAUCCCAUACCACUAUCUUAAACUUCCCUCUCAUUUUCCCUCCCAUUUUUAUUAUUUUUGUCUAUAAAUACCUUCAUAGUUCUUGAUAAUGGUCGUUACUCGUUCAUCACCAUCUCCGGCCAAAGUUACAAAACCCACAAAACAAUCGCAGAAAACCAGACCCAAAUCAAAAAUGGGUAAAAAAAAUCUGAAAGAGAACCCUCCUAGCCCCACUUCCCCUUCUGUUAAAAGAAAAACCAUUGCUGGACCUUCGAAGAACACUCGAGGAAAAAGACCUCGAACUGUUGUUGAAAAUUCAGACUCAGAUUUUGAGUUGGAUUCUGAAUUUCUUAAGUCGCCUGUUUCUGUUAAGGGCAAGGGUAAAUCCCCUGUAAAGGUGUUGCCAUCAUCAGGUGUGGCUGAGGAAAUUCCUGUUAAUAGGAUUGUUGAGGUUUGUCAUGUUAUGCAUUCUGUUCCAUGUUUUUUUUAUUGUUUUUUUGUUGUUGUUAUUUUCGUAGUGUUUUAUGGUGUUUUAUUAGUGUUUUUAUUGUUCGGAUUCCAGAGUACAUAAUUCAUUACCAAUUGCUUCAUUGCUUCAUUUUUCCAAAAUAUUUUAUAAUAAUAAUAAUAAAAUAAGAAAUAAUGGGUAGUUGUGUCUCCCCACAUCAAAAUUUAAAUUUUUUUGUUUUAUUAAAAUGAUUGAUUUGGAUGUGAGAUGUGACAACUCUCACACACACUACUCAAUAAAGCUAACCCUCUCAUCAACUUUAUCUAUUUAUUUAUAUUUUCCACUCUAAACAAAAACCAAAACCAUGUUACAAUUCUUUUUCACCUUUCUCUGCAAUCCCUUUGACUCUCUACAUCCCUCCCCCAAGAAACCUCAACCUCUUUGUUGAAACCAUGGAAGAUGCUCUCAGAGAGUCCAAACCUUACACUGAUAGACUCUUCUCUUGAGCUCGCCGUGUA